GUCAGUCUUUCAUCGAGCUUCACAAAAGAGAGAGUGCAGAAAGUGUCCAUCCAUAAUAAUUAAAUUUACUUUCAUGAGAAUACGCGUUUGUUAACCUGCUGAAUUUGUAUUUUAUUUUGCGAUCCAGCUUCAGAUGCAGUGAUUUUCCUGUGCCGCGAUACAAUAUAGUAAGUGCUUUGUUCUUGUUCGCUAUUCGAGGGAACCUCGGAUCAUCCUUUGUGAAAACACCAACGAAUUCAGUGCUCCACCUCCCAUUUUUCCCUCUUGAUUGGAAACUUCCUCAUACGAGAGAAGCCCGAAGCUGAAGACAAUAUCCAAUUUUCGCCAUCACAAAGAUUAUUAAUAGUCACUGCAAAUGCGACAUAACUCAUGUGUCUAUCGUAGAUUUAUCCUGGUUCAUUGCGAGUGACGGAACCAGAGGAUCUAAGUGGCUUUGUAAAGGGGCGUCGUGAUAGUGCACAGUGCCACAAGCAGAGGAAAAGAGAGUGCUUUCUGGAAGUUCUGUGUGUGACAGCAGCCAGUAGAGCUCGACGGAUUGAGGAAAAAGAAGGAGAAUACGACUAGCAAUAAGACACCCGGAAUAGUCACUAGCGAUGAUGGCUGAGUCAGACAACACGGCGGAAGCGACGAGACGGCUCAACGUAAAGAAACAAACGCUGGACGAUGCGUAUGCGAUUCCGGCCAAUUUCCUCGAAAUUGACGUGGUAAACCCAUUGACGACACUGACCGCCGGGAAGAAGCGCUACACCGAUUACGAGGUCCGAAUGAGGACUAAUCUGCCUGUGUUCAAAGUGAAGGAAUCCAGCGUCCGAAGACGGUACAGUGACUUUGAAUGGUUACGAAACGAACUUGAGCGUGAUAGCAAGAUUGUUGUGCCUCCGCUACCGGGAAAGGCAUGGAAGCGUCAGAUGCCGUUCCGUGGCGAUGACGGGAUCUUCGACGAGAACUUCAUCGAAGAGCGACGAAAGGGGUUGGAGCAGUUUGUGAACAAAAUUGCCGGCCACCCAUUAGCCCAGAACGAACGUUGUUUGCACAUGUUCCUCCAGGAACCGACCAUCGACAAGAACUACGUUCCGGGCAAGAUUAGAAAUACGUAAAUUUGUUGAUACAUAAAUGGGAUGAUGAUUUGUUGAUAGGAAAAUUCGGACGAAAGCGAAGCAAAACGGAAAACAAUAUUCAUGAUCUUAUUAUUUAGGAGAGAACAGAGAAAUUCAGGUUUCUUGCCGCGUUCAGCGGGAAGAGAGCACCCAAAACUGAUUGUGCUAAUACAUAGAUCCUUUUUCAUUGUUGGUAGGAAAACAAAUCAUUCAUCGAAUUGCAGAACAAAACAACAGCAAGCAAA